AUGGAGCUCUGUUCAGGCGGACUAUGCACUUACAGUCUCAAUUAUCUAGAAACAAAGAGAAAUUAUGGAAAUAGAAGAACCCAUCAUAUUAGCUGUGGAACUAAUUUAAGUAGCUAUAAUGAAGCCAAGAUUAAGUGUAGGAUUAGGAAAGGGUUGAAUUCUGAUGGGGUUAUUGAAGUUUUGAGGUCAUACUCUAACCCAUUCGAGGCACUUGUGUUCUUUAAAUCAAUAGCCCAACAACCCAUGAUCAUUCAUACCACUGAAACCUGCAAUUAUAUGUUUGAUAUUCUCAUAAUCAAUGGGAAAGUUACAGAAAUGUCAAUGGUAUUUGAUUUGAUGCAACAACAAAUAAUCAAAAGAAACCAAAAAACCUACUUUACAAUUUUUAAAGGUUUGGACAUUUUUGGAGGAAUUAAGUGAGCCCCAGUUGCCCUUGAGAGGAUGGGUCAUGCUGUUUUUUUCCUAAAUGCAUUCUCUUACAAUGGGUUGAUCCAUCUCUUUCUUCAAUUUGCGUUUCAGAGAGAAGCCAUGGAAGUUUACAGAUGCAUGGUUGUUGAAAACAUAAAACCCAGUUUGAAAACUUACUCUGCUCUCAUGGUAGCCUUUGGAAAGAGGAAGGAUGCCAAUACUAUUAUGUACCUUUUGCAUGAAAUGGAAGCCUUGGGAUUGAGGCCUAAUAUUUAUACUUUUACAAUUUGUAUCAGAAUAUUUACAAAGGAGUUGUUCUAUCAAAUGAAAAGUGGUAAUCACAGGCCUGAUAGGGUAACAUAUAUCACCAUGAUUGGAGAUUUAGGUUUCGUUUGUGAACUAUAGAGAGAAAUGGAAGCCUAUGACUAUGACACCGAUGUGGUUAGCUUCAGACUACUUAUCAAUGCUCUAUGCAAAGCGGGAAUAGUGGGUGAAGCAUUAAAAAUGUUAGAUGUGAUGGAGAAGAAGGCUAUAUCAGCAAAUCCACAUACUUAUAACACCUUGAUAUUGAAACAUCUCAAGGUUGAUAGACUUGGUGAAGCUCAAGAGCUCUUUGAGUUUAUGGGUCUCCAUGGUCCUCAACCCACUGUAUAUACUUAUAUUCUUUUCAUUGAUUAUUUCGGGAAAUCAGGGGACCCUCAGAAGGCACUAGAAAUCUUUGGGAGGAUGAAGAACAAAGGAAUUGUUCCUAAUGUUGUUGCUUGUAAUGUAUGUCUACAUAAUCUUGCAAAACUAGGUAGACUUGGGGAAGCGAAAGAUUGUUUCCGAGAGCUUAAAUUGAGUGGCUUCUCACCUGAUGCAAUCACCUAUAACAUGAUGAUCAAAUGCUAUGGCAAGGCAGGGAAAGUGGAUGAAGCAGUCAAGUUGUUACAUCAAAUGAUGGAAAAUGGGUGUGUCCCAGAUGAAAUUAGAAUUAAUACUUUGAUUGGGGUUCUCUAUAGAGUUGAUAGAGUAGAUGAAGCAUGGAUAUUUCAUAAAAUAAAAGAAAUGAAACUCAAACCUAGUGUUGUGACUUAUAACACAUUGUUGGCUGGGUUGGGUAAAGAGGGUAAAAUUGAGAGAGCAAUGGAGUUUUUUAAGCGAGUGGAUCAAUGUGGGGGUCCUCCAGACACAAUGUCAUAUAACACAAUAAUGGAUUCUCUUUGUAAGGAUGGGAAAGUUGGUUUGGCCUUAAAUAUGUUCUAUGAGAUGCCUGAAAAGGGAUGCAAUCCAGAUGUUUCAACAUAUAACAAGGUCAUCCAUGGCUUGGUUAAGGAAGAGAAGCUCGAUGAAGCGCUAUGGUUCUUCAGUCAAAUGAAGAAAACUCUUUCUCCUGAUCUGAUUACGUUGAAUGCUAUCUUGGCCAUGAUUGUUAAACAUGGGUUUCUUAUGGAUUUUAAUUCAAAGGAGGGUGCUCAAUUAGUCAGUUCCUUCUUGGAAACUCUUAUGGAAAGGACUUUAAAAGAAGCUAAUCCGCACUGCUGUUAUGAAUCUUUGCUGAUGAUUUCCCAAUGUAAUCGUUCAUCCAUAGAUUAA